AUGAGUACAACACAAACACCACCACGAAACAUUGUUCCACCCCCUCGACCGUCCCACAGUGGCUUACCAAACUCGUCGCCUGCAGUAAGAAACCCACCAACCAACUCUCAGACCUCUUCCCCCAAAGCUUCAGAAAAUAAUUACUUAUACGAACAGACUGUUAGUGACCGUCCACUCAUACCUCAACGUUCAGCUCCGCCGCCACCUAAAUCAGCGCAAAAAUUUGUACAAAUGAGCAGCAGUGCUUCUGGUUUGAGUCAUAAUGGCAGUUUAAAGUCUAACUCUCCGAUAAGUAACCCACGACGGGGUCCCCCGACCUCGAAGAAAUCUACAAGUUUGGGACCUCCACCUAGACCACCUCGUGCGAACGUAGCUCCUCCGGCGACCCAACCACCAUUAUCAAGGAGCCCAUCGGCUGGUAGUUCUUUAACGAAAUCCCCAGGAAGCCCGGGUGAUUCUGCUCUUUCCCCUACCUCGCAAAAGUUUAUCCCAGGCGGUUCUGUGAAAGGAGUGCCUGUCAUCAAUGUGCAGGGAGACGGAGUUUCACAAAGUAACAAUGAAAAAGACGGAAGCAAUAGAUCGUUCAAAGUAGUGUUGAACAAUUUAGUUAGUUCAAUGUCAGGCAAGUUUAUAAAAACACAAGUUUUGAUCACAAUGGUAGAGAUUUCGUCACCGUAUGAUCCGGUGCACUUAACACAUGUUGGAUUCAAUCAAGAAACUGGUGAAUUUACGGGUUUGCCGAAAGAAUGGCAACAAUUACUGCAAGACUCUGGAAUUUCAAAACAAGAUCAACAGGCUCACCCUCAAGCCGUGUUAGACAUCGUGAAAUUUUACCAAGAUACCGAAGGCGGAAAAAAUCCGAAUGCCAUUUGGGAGAAGUUUACUAAUGCUACAAUAGAAAAGACGCCACCUGCCUUGGCAUCUCCCACACAUGUGGUAGAAAAGAUAUUUGAAAAUCCCAGAACCGCGCCGCCACCUCCGGAAAAGAAAAAACCGCCACCGCCCAUUGUUCCCGCAAGACCGCAAAAUCCACCGGCAAGUAACAUUACAACUUGCACGAUCUCAAACAUCAUAACCGACCAAAGUCACCAGGAUCUACCCCUAAACCUUCACGAAGCAGUAAAUCAAGACCCUCCGAGACUUCCACCCAUACAACCAUUACCCCCGCUCGAAGGUAAGACUAUGCCAGCUUCCACCCAAAAACCGGUCAACAAACCCCCUCGUCCAAAGGAAGGUAGCAACCAAGGGCCACCAACGACUCCCCCUACACCCAAAACUCCAAUGUCGAACAACCUUCCUCCCACUUCUAAACAGCCACAGGCUGGUAGUCAAAGGAGACGAGAUCCUCGAAAGGGAGCGGCAAAGGACAACACUGAUGUCAUCGAAAGGCUAAAGGCAAUCUGUACUGAUGCUGACCCAACAAAGCUAUACCGAAAUUUGGUUAAAAUUGGUCAGGGUGCUUCUGGAGGUGUCUACACUGCAUAUCAAGUGGGAACUAACAUGUCAGUCGCCAUCAAGCAAAUGAACCUAGAACAGCAACCAAAAAAAGAUCUCAUUAUAAACGAAAUAUUGGUUAUGAAAGAAUCAAGACAUCGCAACAUUGUGAACUUCAUCGACAGUUUUCUUUGGAAAGGUGACCUUUGGGUUGUGAUGGAGUAUAUGGAAGGAGGUAGUUUGACAGACGUUGUGACAAGUAAUAUAAUGACAGAAGGUCAAAUUGCGGCCGUAUGCAGAGAGACACUGGAAGGUUUGGCACAUUUGCAUUCAAAGGGUGUUAUUCAUAGAGAUAUCAAAAGUGAUAAUGUCUUAUUGGCACUGAAUGGCGACAUUAAAUUAACCGAUUUUGGUUUUUGUGCACAAAUUAAUGAAAAUAACAAUAAACGCACAACAAUGGUCGGAACGCCAUACUGGAUGGCACCCGAAGUUGUAACACGUAAGGAAUACGGACCAAAGGUUGACAUAUGGUCACUAGGAAUUAUGGCCAUUGAGAUGGUUGAAGGUGAACCACCAUAUUUGAACGAAAAUCCUUUGAGGGCUUUAUAUCUUAUUGCAACAAAUGGAACGCCCCAAUUGCAAAAUCCGGAAAGUUUGUCAAGUGUCUUCAGACGAUUUUUGAAUGAGUCUCUGGAAGUAGACUCAGAAAAAAGACCAACAGCAGUUGAGCUUCUAAAGCAUCCAUUCUUACAAAAAGCAGAACCUCUGAAAUCACUCGCACCGUUGAUUAGAACUGCAAGAGAGAAUGCUAAGAGGGGAUAA